GUUUUGGUGAAUCAUUUUAUUGAAACAAACAAAAUAUAUAUAUGCGUGUUUUUGGAAAAUUUGAUCAAGUUUUCCCGCCAUGGAUAACUGGGCCUCCGUGGUGUCAUCACAUCCUGAGGUUCCAGAGCCCAAACAUUACGCAAAAGCCAUACAUUCAGCAGAAAUAAUAAUAUCUCAAGAUUUAGCGCCUUUUGAAAUAGAAUGGCUAGCCCAAACUCUGCUAUUCAAACCAAUUAAUCUAUUUGAGACAAUAUCAACAAAACGCACCAAUGCAGAAUGGCAGAAAACGGUAGCCGACUCCUUCAAGCUUCUGUCCAAACUUGUGGAUAAAUACUGGGAUGUAGUGGAGACAUAUUACAAUGAUAUUAUUGCACUAUGCACAUUAUCGCUGGACGCUGGGACGCGCAAGGAAGCUCUCUGCUGCCUAGUGGGCAUUGUGAAGCGUCCAGCAGUGGACGUGACGGAAGAGUUCGUUGCUAAACACGUCAAUGCCUUAGAAGAAGCCACGUCUUGCAAAGCACCUUUGGCACAACUUGUUGGUACAAUAUGCCGCUACCAUCCUGAAAAAGUACAGGAACACCACACAAGAAUAUGGCGGAUAUAUCUUAAGAUGUUACAGCCUAAUAACAAAACUGAUUCAAUAAUAAACGCCGUAUUACAAGGAAUAAAUGGUUUGUUCGAACAUUUUGGCGAAGACAUCGAAGUUUCCCAGCUGAAUAGUUUUUAUGACACUAUGACUAGAGAAUGUAUUAAGAUUUCUAAAUGUUUCGAAGUGCUCCUCUCGAUCUUCAAGCAUCACGCCCGCCUGUUCAGAGAGAAGUUGAGCAAAGACGCGGCACUGCGAAUGUAUAUGUGGCAGUUUGAUAACAAAAGCAGCUUGGAAGCCUUGUGUAGUGUUUACAAAGUCGUGUUAGAGGCUUCUGAGAAUCCUGAGUCCAUACUGGUGUCGGAAGUGGUCCCGCACACGGAGUCCCGCUCGGUUGUAAUAAAGCUCGCCGCGCUGAACAUAGUCAUACUGAGCGGGACUCGGUUAACUAGCGAAGUGACGCAGUGUACUGUUGAACUAGAGUUACUGUUGAGGAACAAGAAAUUGUCUUAUGAAGAAGCUAAUACUAUAUCAUGGAGCAUAAAUGCCAACGUGUCCGAUAGUGAGACUAUGUUGUUAACUGCUAUAAUGUACUCCGAUAAUCUACCCUUGUCUAUGAAGGACGAUAUUAUUGUUAACGGCAUUUUGAAGGCUUCAGAAGAUGUGAGGAAAGCAGCAGUAAUAGCGGUGGUUGUGCUGAGCCUGCAAGCCGGCUCAGACAAGCACAUGUGCACAUGGCGAGCUCUGCUGCACAACACCGCCGGCGCUGUGCAGCUCUUUGCACAAGCUGUGCAGCAUACGUUAGAAGUAGUUGUCAAUGUUGCUGGGGAUCCUGAAGCGACAUACGAAGAUAUAAAGCCGAGUCUACACCUCCUAUCAGUGCUCCUAAGCUUGCAAAACAUAGAACAUUACUUAGAAGACUGGUGCAUAGCUUUCAGGCCGACUGUGGUACAUUUGUCUAAACUAUACAAUGUACCGCCGGUGGAAAUGUUGACUGAAACAGAUGAUAAUCAGAUAAUGUAUGUGGAAAAAUUUGAAGAUGACACAGUACUUAAGCACUUGUUAUCUACUUUGACUACGAAGACAGAACAUAGACAGAAUCAUACAUUGACUGCGCUGUAUACAAUAAUAUCAAAACAGGACACAGAUUACAGAGUUCUGUCUAAAGUGCUGUCUAAAAUAGAAGCUUCAAUUGAAAACAACGCUGAAAAUAUUGAUAAACGACAACUAUCUAUGAUAAUAAAUCAACUAAAAAUGUUAAAAUUCAAAGCUGUAACGGAUACCAAAGACGCUAGAAUAUUCCAGAAAGAUGUCACCAUGUUUUUAGGUAAAUAUGGACGAUUGACCGGUGAAGAGAACUUCACGGAACAUGUUUACGGAUUGAAUUUAAAAAAUAAACUCACUUUGAAUAUUCCUAAUAUUGUUGAGGGGACUACUUUUAAGAUAGAUCUCCAGCGAAUAUUUCAGUUAUGCUUACUGAGAGGAGAUACUGAAGCUCUAUACUGUCUACUAGUCAUUUUAACAGCAAGCUUAUGUGAGGGGACGGACGCUAGCACACAAGCGGCCUGCAUCCGCGUCGUACACGUGACGCGACACACACACACAGACAUAGACGUGUGUGUGGCGCUAGCUAUGUGCCACACUGCUGAAAGCGUUCAGGAUUAUCUUAUAUCCUUCCCCUGGGUAUUAGCUACCUUCUCAUAA